AUGGGCCUGCUAGCAGAAUUCGACGAUCGACACAUUCAAGUUGAACAAGAAGCAUACCAUCCCUAUGAGUAUCAGACGGAGAACAAUGACUCGUGGGCCGGUGCCUUGCCGGUGAAGCAGGGUCUUUAUGACCCUUCGUACGAGAAAGAUGCCUGUGGUGUUGGCUUCGCUUGCCACAUCAAGGGCAAGCCUAGUCACAAAAUCGUCAGUGACGCUCGCAAUCUCCUCUGCAACAUGACCCACCGCGGAGCUGUGGGAUCUGACGCUCGAGAUGGUGACGGCGCUGGUGUCAUGACAUCCAUUCCCCAUCGAUUCUUCGUAAAGAAUUUCGAGAAGGAGCAGGACAUUAAACUCCCCCCUCUCGGCCAAUACGCCGUGGGGAACCUUUUUUUCAAGCCCGACGAAGAGACUCUUGAGGAGUCCCAAAGGCAGCUGGAAGAUGUUGCCGAGUCGUUGGGCCUUCGGGUCCUGGGAUGGCGAAGGCCUCCCGUCGACUCGACGCUGCUUGGCCCUGCGGCAAAGUCGCGUGAGCCAAUCAUUGCUCAGCCUUUUGUCGUGCUUGCCUCUGCCUACGGCUCUGGCACAGUCCCGGAAACGACCGAUCUGGAAAAGUUUGACGAGAGACUGUUUGAGCGACAGCUCUAUGUUCUCCGAAAACGCGCCACUCACACCAUUGGUCUGAAGAACUGGUUCUACCUUUGCUCCUUGUCCAACAAGAACAUUGUCUACAAGGGUCAACUGUCUCCCGUUCAGGUCUACUCCUACUACCAUGACCUUGUCAAUGCCGAUUACGAAGCUCAUUUCGCCCUCGUUCACUCCAGGUUCUCCACAAAUACAUUUCCCUCGUGGGACAGAGCUCAGCCACUGCGAUGGGCCGCCCACAAUGGUGAAAUCAACACCCUGCGAGGCAACAAGAACUGGAUGCGUGCUCGUGAGGGGGUCAUGAACUCGGACAUCUUCAAAGAGGAACUCGAGCUCAUGUACCCAAUCGUCGAAGACGGUGGCUCUGAUUCUGCUGCCUUUGACAAUGUCCUCGAGCUCUUAACCAUCAACGGGGUGCUCUCCCUACCGGAAGCUGUCAUGCUCAUGGUCCCGGAGGCCUGGCAAGGCAACGAGCAUAUGGAUCCGAAAAAGGCCGCAUUUUACGAAUGGGCAGCAUGCCAGAUGGAGCCGUGGGAUGGUCCCGCUCUGUUCACAUUCGCUGAUGGCCGAUACUGUGGUGCCAAUCUCGACCGAAAUGGUUUGCGGCCUUGUAGGUUCUAUGUCAUGGACGAUGACCGCAUCAUUUGCGCCUCCGAGGUCGGCACUAUUUCAGUCGAGCCAGAGAGCGUCAUCCAAAAGGGUCGACUGCAGCCAGGAAGAAUGCUUCUGGUUGAUACCAAAGCCGGCCGCAUAAUCGAUGACAAGGAACUCAAGACUGCUGUUGCCAACCGUCACGACUUCCGCUCUUGGCUGAACAAGGAGCUGUUGACCAUGUCAAAGGUGCUGGGGAAGCUCGAAACCACCAUGGACCUUCAGGCAAAGCCAGACGCCGCUCCACUUCAGGAAGAUCCUCUCCUGCUGUCGUUUGGCUACACGCACGAGCAGGUCAGCUUGCUGCUCGCUCCUAUGGCGGCUGACGAGAAAGAGGCUUUGGGAUCAAUGGGUAAUGAUGCUCCUUUGGCAUGUCUAACGCAAGCCCCUCGUCUUCUCUAUGACUAUUUCCGACAGCUCUUCGCCCAGGUCACCAACCCGCCAAUUGAUCCCAUUCGAGAAUCCAUUGUCAUGUCCCUGGAAUGCUAUGUCGGUCCCCAAGGCAAUCUUCUAGAGAUGGACUCCUCUCAGUGCGGACGUCUCAUGCUUCCUAGCCCCAUCCUCUCUAUUCCCGAGUUCAAUGCCAUCAACAACAUGUCCUCCGUCUACCCCGAGUGGACCGUAAAAACUAUUGACUUGACCUUCCCCAAGUCCCAAGGUGUGCAAGGUUACAUCAACCACCUCGACGAAAUCUGCAAUGAGGCCACGGCUGCCAUUGAAGCCCGUGAUCGUAUUCUUGUUCUUUCCGACCGCAAGACCUCUGCUGACCGUGUUGCUGUUUCUGCUGCCCUAGCCUCGGGCAUGGUACACCACCACUUGGUCAGCAAUAAAUGGCGAUCCAUGGUCGCUCUGGUAAUUGAGACGGCGGAAGCCCGUGAGGUGCACCAUAUGUGCGUGCUCCUCGGUUACGGCGCCGAUGCCGUCAAUCCUUACCUUGCAAUGGAGUGCGUGCUGAAGCUCAACCGGGAGCGCCUGAUCAAGAAGAAGUUGUCCGACGAGGCCCUCAUUCGAAACUACAUCCAUUCUUGCGAUGGUGGCAUCUUGAAAGUCAUGAGCAAGAUGGGCAUCUCCACUCUCGCCUCGUACAAAGGCGCCCAGAUUUUCGAGGCCCUUGGGCUAGAUGAAACCGUGGUCGAGCGCUGCUUCAGAGGCACCGCAUCGCGCAUUCAGGGAUUGACCUUUGAACUCAUUGCCGAGGACGCGCUGCGUUUCCACGAACGAGGAUUCCCAUCCCGUUACACCGUCGGCAUCAAGGCCCUUCCCGAGUCUGGCGAAUAUCACUGGCGGGAUGGCGGCGAGCCUCACGUAAACAGCCCUGCCGCCAUUGCCAACAUUCAAGACGCUGUCCGGAACAAGAACGACAAAUCAUACGAAGCCUACUCCAAGGCAGAGUACGAGCAGAUCAAGAACUGCACGCUCCGUGGCCUUUUGGACUUCGAUUUCGAGGAUGCUACUCCGGUGCCCAUUGACCAGGUUGAGCCGUGGACGGAGAUUGUUCGACGCUUCUGCACUGGGGCCAUGUCCUACGGCUCCAUCUCGAUGGAGUCGCACUCCACCCUAGCUGUCGCCAUGAACAGGCUCGGCGGCAAGUCCAACACGGGCGAAGGUGGCGAGGAUCCUGAGCGGUCUGAGCGCUUGCCCAACGGCGACACCAUGCGGUCUGCUAUUAAGCAGGUGGCUUCAGGUCGUUUCGGUGUCACCUCAGCCUACCUCGCUGAUUCUGAUGAGCUGCAGAUCAAGAUGGCUCAGGGUGCCAAGCCUGGUGAGGGCGGUGAGCUUCCGGGCCACAAGGUCUCCAAGUCCAUUGCUCGCACCCGUCAUUCAACCCCUGGUGUCGGCCUGAUCUCCCCACCGCCUCACCAUGAUAUUUACUCGAUUGAGGAUCUUAAGCAGCUCAUUUACGACCUGAAAUGCUCCAGUCCCCGAUCCCGAGUUUCCGUCAAACUCGUUUCCGAAGUCGGAGUGGGCAUUGUCGCUUCUGGCGUAGCCAAAGCCAAGGCUGACCAUAUUCUCAUCUCUGGCCACGAUGGUGGUACCGGUGCCUCACGAUGGACUGGUAUCAAGUAUGCUGGCUUGCCCUGGGAAUUGGGUCUUGCUGAGACGCACCAGACUCUUGUUCUCAACGAUCUCCGUGGUCGCGUUGUUGUUCAGACCGACGGACAGCUGAGAACAGGACGAGACGUCGCCAUUGCUUGCUUGCUCGGUGCCGAGGAAUGGGGUUUUGCUACCGCUCCUCUUAUUGCCAUGGGUUGCAUUUUCAUGCGAAAGUGUCAUUUGAACACCUGCCCAGUCGGCAUCGCCACUCAAGAUCCCGAGUUGCGAAAGAAGUUCCAGGGCACUCCAGAGCACGUCAUCAACUUCUUCUACUAUGUUGCCAAUGAGCUUCGCGCCAUCAUGGCCCAGCUCGGCUUCCGAACCAUCAAUGAGAUGGUUGGCCAUGUUGAGCUCCUGAGAAUGCGAGAUGACCUGCGAACCCAUAAAACUGCCAACAUUGACCUGUCCCUCCUGUUGACCCCUGCUCACAAGCUUCGGCCUGGUGUGGCUACCUUUAACGUGCGAAAGCAGGACCACAAGCUCUACGUUCGCCUAGACAACAAACUCAUCUCCGAGGCGGAGCUGACUCUUGACAAAGGUCUCCCAUCGAGGAUCGAGUGCGACAUUGUCAACACCGAUCGGGCCAUGGGUACGUCGCUCUCGUACCAGAUCUCCAAGAGAUACGGCGAGGCUGGCUUGCCUAUGGACACUGUUCAUGUCAGCAUCAAGGGCUCGGCUGGCCAGUCUUUUGGUGCCUUUCUCGCGCCUGGCGUCACCUUGGAGCUCGAGGGUGACGCCAACGAUUACGUGGGCAAGGGUUUAUCUGGUGGUCGCCUGAUUGUCUAUCCGCCUCGAUCGGCCGUGUUCAAGGCUGAAGAGAACAUACUGAUCGGAAACGUCUGUCUGUACGGUGCCACUACCGGAACCUGCUUCUUCCGCGGCAUCGCAGCCGAGCGUUUCGCCGUCCGCAACUCUGGCGCCACCGCAGUUGUGGAAGGUGUCGGCGAUCAUGGCUGUGAGUACAUGACUGGUGGGCGCAUCGUCAUUCUGGGACGUACCGGCCGUAACUUUGCGGCCGGCAUGUCUGGUGGUAUUGCCUACGUCCUAGAUAUCCACAAUGACUUCCUCUCCAAGCUAAACGACGAGAUGGUGGAAACGGGGCCCAUCACGGAACCCACUGAAAUUGCGUUCGUACGAGGACUUAUUGAGGAUCACCACCACUACACAGGAUCUGAGUUGGCAGCCCGCAUCCUAGUCGACUUCAACCGUGCCCUCCCCCGCUUCGUCAAGGUUCUUCCCGUCGACUACAAGCGCGUAUUGGAGGAGGAAGCCGCCAAGGCUGCCGAGGCCAAGCGUGCGGAAUACAGCCUUCCGGUCAUCUCCGGGAUGAAGCAUAAGAAGGAGGAAAAGCCUGCCAAGCUCCAGGAUCUGGAAGAGGCCAUUGGCGACUCCAAGGCCGAGAAGAAGAGAGCCCUGGUGCUCGACAAGACCAAGGGUUUCAUGAAGUACUCGCGUCGCGCCGAGAAGUAUCGAUCCGCCUCCACCCGCACCAAGGACUGGGCCGAGCUCAGCUCCCGUCUCGAUGAGGAUGAGCUCAAAUACCAGUCGGCCCGUUGCAUGGACUGCGGCGUUCCAUUCUGUCAGUCCGAGACGGGGUGUCCCAUCUCCAACAUCAUCCCCAAGUGGAACGAGCUGGUCUUCCAGAACCAGUGGAAGGACGCGCUCAACCGGUUGCUCAUGACGAACAAUUUCCCCGAGUUCACUGGUCGUGUGUGCCCCGCGCCUUGCGAAGGAGCAUGCGUUCUUGGCAUCAACGAUGAUCCAGUUGGCAUCAAGUCGAUCGAAUGUGCCAUCAUUGACCGCGGUUUCGACAUGGGAUGGAUGGUUCCCCAACCCCCCGAGGUUCGCACUGGCAAGAGCAUUGCCAUUAUAGGUUCCGGUCCUGCUGGUCUCGCUGCCGCCGACCAACUGAACCGCGCGGGCCACAAUGUUACUGUCUAUGAGCGCGCCGACAGGCUCGGGGGCUUACUGAUGUACGGCAUUCCCAACAUGAAGCUCGAUAAGCGCAUCGUCAAGCGCCGCACCGACUUCAUGGCUGCCGAAGGGGUCAACUUCAGGACUGGAGUUGCCGUCGGUGAGCAAGGCCAUGUAUCUCUUGCGGACCUGCGCGCCAGCAACGACGCCGUCAUCAUUGCUACGGGAGCCACUGUUGCUCGCGACCUACCCAUCAAGGGCCGCGAGCUCAGUGGCAUCCACUACGCCAUGGAGUUCUUGCACAAGAAUACCAAGUCUCUGCUGGACUCUGAGCUGGGCGACAAUGCCUACAUCAGCGCCAAGGACAAGCAUGUUGUUGUCAUUGGCGGCGGCGACACUGGCAACGACUGCAUCGGCACCUCGGUCCGUCACGGUGCCAGGUCCGUCACCAACUUUGAGCUUCUCCCUCAGCCCCCUCCUGAGCGGGCCAGCGACAACCCUUGGCCUCAAUGGCCCCGAAUCUACCGGGUCGACUACGGCCACACCGAGGUCCGUCAGCACACCGGAAAAGACCCCCGUGAGUACUGCAUCAUGUCGGAGGAGUUUGUCGACGACGGCAGUGGCAAGGUCAGGGGUAUCAACACGGUUCGUGUGGAGUGGACCAAGUCGCCGAGCGGUGGCUGGGACAUGAAAAAGGUGGAGGGAUCGCAGCAGUUCUUCCCUGCCGACCUCGUCCUUUUGGCCAUGGGUUUCCUGGGUCCCGAGGCUCGUGUUCUGGGCGACGGCAUCGAAAAGGAUGCCCGUAAGAAUGUCAAGACUCCGCCGGGCAAGUAUUGCACAAACGUGGAGGGGGUGUUUGCUGCAGGUGACGCCCGCCGCGGACAGUCUCUGAUUGUCUGGGGUAUCAAUGAGGGCCGUAUGGCUGCACGUGAGGUUGAUUUAUAUCUUGAGAAGAGCACCAAUCUUCCAGUCACGGGCGGUAUCGUGAAGUGCUCAGCUCAAGAGGUUCGGUCUCUGGUUGCUGCAGCCUAG